GCAUCGCGACUAUUGGAAUCUGCAAGUGACUGCGGCUCCUUGAACAGCACGCGCAGCUUGUGAAAGCAAACAACAGCCUAGAGGGGCAGGACAGGCCGCGUUUGGUCCAACACCGCGAUCGCAAACUAGCACGCGCAGCUUGCGACAGUGAUGGACGCAGUAAAGGCGGCAAUUCCGAACGACACUCCGACCAUGAAGUGGUACACGCAGCUUGCGACAGCGAACAACGCCGCGACUCCCAAGUGCCACGCGCAGCUUGCCGCGACGGAUGACGCUGGAGCUUGCAGCAACGAACAAUCUGAACUAUCAGCAUCGGUCGAGCUAGCAACUGCCUGCAGAUCACGCGUCUACCGGGUUUAUCAUACUAAUCUAUAGACUUGGGCGUCGGUCAAGCCAAUGGGUUCGAUGCUUCUGCUGUAAGAGCGCGGCGUAUCGCUUCUACCGCUCGCUCUCGUUCUACGCUUCCUACCGCUCACGACACAGCUCGCGGAUAUUGAUUGCGACACCGCUCGCUCCCUCCGCACGUGCGACGAAGCUUGCUCCUACGGCUUCACUACUACGACACCCCUAGCUUUCGCUUCUCGCUUCCACCGGUCGUGCGAUACCGCCUCCACCGGUCGUGCGAUACCGCCUCCACCGCUCCUACUACCCGCGCGGACGGUAGGGGAAGAAGUAUACCGAAGGCGUAAGGCCGCUAGGGAGGCCGAGGGAGGAGGGAGGGGAAAAGGGGAAAGAUGCGGGUUAGGCGAGUGGCGCG